AAUCCAAAAAAGUUCCUCCACUUUACCCUCUUUAUAUAUACUAUACUAAUAGUAAGUCGAUCACAAAACAAAAGAUCAAGAACAAGAGAAGUAAAAAGAAUGGAGGGUAACCAUGAAAUAGAUAACUUCAUUAAGGUAUGGAUUGCAGUAUUCAUUUCUUUAUGUUAUUGUUAUGCAAUUAGAAAUAUUAUUCCAAAAGGUACAAAAAGACUUCUUUCUGUUCUACCAAUUGUUUGCCUCUUUCUUUACCUUCCUCUAAACCUCUUCAGUCCUCAUCUUGGUGGCUUUACUGCUUUUUUCAUUUCUUGGCUUGCCAAUUUCAAGCUUCUUCUCUUUGCUUUUGGUAAAGGUCCUCUUUCUUCAGAUCCAUCAAUUUCUCUUCCUCUUUUCUUGGUUGUUUCUUGCUUACCAAUCAAGAUCCAAAAGCACCCACCAUCGAAAUCAUCCUUAAAUGGUCAAGAUAAAGAAAACCCAUUUCAAAAUGGACAAAUUCAAGAAAACCCAAAUGGUCAGAUACAAGAAAAGACAUUUCCAAGAAAAUCAAGGGAAGGUCUUUUAAAUUAUGCAAUGAAGGGUAUAGGUUUAGCUAUUUUGAUUCGUGUACAUGACUAUAGUGAUUCUAUUGACCAAAAUGUAAUCUUCGUCCUUUAUGCCUUCCAUAUCUACUUCUUUCUUGAACUCAGUCUAGCCAUAUCUGCAGCUCUGGCUCGAACCAUCUUUGGCAUAGAACUCGAACCACAAUUCAAUGAGCCAUAUCUCUCUACAUCACUACAAGACUUCUGGGGAAGAAGAUGGAAUCUCAUGGUCACUGGUAUUCUACGCCCCACUGUAUAUGAACCCAUCCGAAGCCUUUUCUCACGAGCAAUUGGACGGAAGUGGGCUACACUCGCCGCCGUUUUCGGCACAUUUGUGGUGUCUGCAGUUAUGCAUGAGCUUAUGUUCUAUUACUUAGGGCGCGUCAAGCCCACAUGGGAAAUUACGUGGUUCUUUCUUCUACACGGAUUCUGCGUAAUGGUCGAGAUUGUUUUGAAGAAGGCGUUAGACGGUAAGUGGCGGUUGCCGACACUGGUAUCGGGAUUCUUGACCGUUGGAUUCGUAAUGGCCACGGGAUAUUGGUGGUUUUUUCCCAAGUUCGUACAGUGUCAAAUUGAUGUCAGAGCGUUUGAGGAUUACGCGGCUGUGGGAGCGUUAAUGAGGAACGCGGGUGAGAGCGCAUUGCGUUUUUCGCGGGGUCAUGCUUUAGUUUCCCAGCAGCUGUAGUCAACGGUUUUGAUGUAGAAAUAAUGGUCAAAUGUGGAGCAAAGGAAUGAAAAUUUUCGAUUUUUGAUUCCUUUUUAGUGUAAAAAUUAUUUAUUUAUGAAAUUUCUAUUCUAUACUUA